AUGUCAAACCCCGCAAACUACACUGUGGGUUGGAUCUGCGCAUUGCGUGAAGAGUACAUUGCCGCUCAAGAAUUUCUCGAUGAGGAGCACGAGAACCCUAGCUGGGUAUCACACAACGACGACAACAACUAUGCACUAGGAAGGAUGUACGACCACAACGUUGUCAUCGCCGUUUUGCCUGAUGGUGAAUAUGGCACAGCUUCCGCGGCUAACGUAGCGACAAAUAUGCGGAACACCUUUCACAACGUCAAGAUAGGCCUGAUGGUUGGCAUAGGUGGCGGUGUACCUAGCGAAAGACACGAUGUUCGUCUGGGCGAUGUUGUGGUCAGCGCUUCUCGCGACGGGGCAGGGGGUGUCUUCCAAUACGACUUCGGCAAGUCUAUACAAGGCCAGGGUUUCCAGCAUACGCGCUUCUUAAACCAAGCACCACCUAUUUUACGAGCUGCCAUAACGGGAAUUCAAACACAAUAUGAGAGAAAGGGUCAUCGGAUCGAGGAGGCCAUCUGCAGCAUACUCGAUACUAAUAAGAAGCUGCACCGGGUUCCUCGGCGUGAGCGGACUGAAGAUGAGGAUAAUCCUACCAUUCACUAUGGCCUGAUUGCUUCUUCAAACCAAUUGAUGAAAGAUGCUUUGAUCCGGGAUAGAUUAGCCGCGGACAAAGAUGUUCUCUGUUUCGAAAUGGAAGCAGCCGGGCUGAUGAACACUUUUCCCUGCUUGGUCAUCCGAGGCAUCUGCGACUACUCGGACUCCCACAAGAAUAAAGAGUGGCAAGGUUAUGCAGCAAUGGUAGCAGCUGCCUAUGCUAAAGAUCUGCUACAGAGAAUCCCUCUCAACAAAAUAGAGGCCGACAGAAUUAGGGUCACUCCAUCUGAUCGAGCGUACGAUCAACGAGAGCGAUACCAAGAGGAGCAGAAGAAAAGAGCUUUGGCGGAGGAGCCACAACGCUGUCAUGAAGUUCCUAAGACAUCAGACUACGAGGAGCAAAAGGAUAUCAAUCCUCGUCGAGUGGAAGAAGCUUCCCAAUCGGCCUUGCAGAGCUCUGGAUAUCCACAAGGCCUUAGCCUUUCCGAACUGGAUCUAGGGAAAGACAAGGCCAAAUACUUCAGCAGUUACCAUGCGCCGGCUGAAACGCUUGAUGCGCCGGCAGCAGAAAGGAAUGUUUUACAGCAUCACCGGAAUCCAGCUAAGCCAAUUUUUGGCGUGCCUCUGGACGAUUUAUAUAAGCGUGAUAGAAUUGCCGUACCACCCUUACUCUCCCAAUGUUUUCGUGCUGUUGAAAAAUUUGGAUUGGAAAGAGAGGGGAUAUAUCGGUUCUCCGGAAGUGUUAGCGAUGCCAACCGGAUCAUAUCCGCUUUUGAGACUGGUGCACCAGAAGCGGACUUGAGCAACCCCAAAAACUUCUACCACUCUAUCGACACUGUCGCAGGUCUUGUGAAACGGUUCUUGAGGGAGCUCCCGGGUUAUGUGCCUCCAUAUCAAUGUUUUGACCAGUUGGAUGCUGCUGCUCGGAUCGAGAAUGAUGGCCAGCGCCAUGACUCGCUACGUGCUAUUGUCAAGGCCCUCCCUGAUGCGCAAUAUGCGGUUGCUCGGGACCUUUUUCUACACCUUAACAAAAUUCAGAAACACUCAGCCCAGAACCGCAUGCGUAUUGAUGAUUUAGCCCUCUACAUCGGUCUAUGUGACGUGCCGCCGUGCGUUCCGACUACGCCGUACAUCGCGAUUAUUAGGAUUAUUCUCAAAAACACUCCGCAGAUGUUUAUGUGA